AUGAAGGCCCAAACUAUUGUCGGUGCUCUGUUACCUGUCCUGCUGACAGCGAACGCUGCCUCGAGUGACGAAAGUAUGAAGACUGUGAGCUUUGGCGGAGCCGAACUUAGAAAUCUGGCGGAUGUGAUCAGAAGUCAUGGCCUUGCGGACAAGCUUGCUGCCAAUCAGGAAAUCAACUGCACCGUGGCUUACACUCUUGCAUUAAGCGCUGGCCCUCCUUAUACUCUCAGUCUUACCUCCCUUGACCUCUCCGGUUGUAUCUACACCGGUCCUUGA